GCUGAGCCUGCAUACCACUGCUGCUGACGGCUGAUCUGAUCCCACACAAAGGCACACUCUCACACUCUCUCACGUCACACACUCAUCACACCACACUCACAGAAGAACAGAAACUCCAGACCAGUGCAGGGAGAUGCAACCGGCUGGCAGCCGCUGACAGCAACCUUCAGAGCCCAGUUGAUCUGGACACACUGCACCUUUACCUCCAGAGAGCCCGAGACACUCCUGCUGCACAGAGGAAGGACACUACGUUGACCUCCAGCAGUUACCAGACUGUACCUGAUCCCACAUCCUUCACAGAAAAGGGAACCUGACUCUGAGUGGAGCAAGAAAAAAACGGGAGCGAUCACACUCCACCACUGAAACAAGACCCACUGGAUAGAGAGACAGAGGGACUCACGGACAUCUCGGGCAACGGGGGAACAGAGGCAGGAUGCUGGCUAAAAUCCUCGAGGAUAUGUGGGUGGAGCCGGACGUGCUGGAGGCCCUCAGUGAGGAGCAGAAGAGGAUCCUGUUCCUGAAGAUGAGAGAGGAGCAGGUGCGCCGCUGGAGAGAGAGGGAGGAGAGGGAGGCGAGGGAAGGAGGAGACAACAACAACAACAGGCCAAAGAAAGCCUCCAGUAAACACGUGAAGUGGCUGCUCGGUCGGGACGGAGAUGUGAGCGUCAGCGUAAUCGGAGAGGUGGACGAAUUCAGGUCCUCCAAACUCCUGCAGAGCCUCAUGAGCAACAGACUCCACAGUGAUAAUAUGAAUGGCAUCCAGACAGUGGACUUGCUGCCAGGAAGAGAGGCCCGAGAGCUUGGCUUUAAAGAAGAGAUCCAGCUGCCCCUCACAGAUGUUAGCGAUUACCCAGCUUCACCGAACGACCAGUCGUCUGAGGAGGACAUGGACUCCUGCAGCGCUGAUGACGACCUGAAGGACCCCGCGGAGGACAGCGACAGUGAAUCAGGCAGCAGCUCAGACAAUCUCAGCGACUGGGCUCCUCUCUAUAGGCCCCAUCUCAGUAGCCAUGGCAACCGGCCGCCGCUCAAAGCCCAGCUGUCAGACACAGAGAGAGCCGACCCGCAAGACAGAGAGAUUGUGUGUGGUGAGCAGAAAAAGUCAGAAUACAGAGGUCGCGUAGCGCAGCUCAGGAAGGCCUUCACAGAUGAUCUUCACAGCACAACACCUGCCUACACCAAACCUCCUAUACCUGCCAAACCGGCUCAUCUACAGAAACGAAGCACACCCCUGAUCCGUUAGGACUCCAGGUGUAUCCACCGUGCUACAAGACAACACUUGACCCCAGAUAGGCAGAGCCUGCCGUACUGUACAUACUGUGUAACAAACCCUGUCCAGAUACAAUGGUUCAGUUACACACUGUUGGACCAGGCUGAGGCCCCAUACAUGAGAAGAAGAAAGUCCUUACUUGAACCUGAGCAGUGAACUGAGACACUUUGUUAGGACUCAGCUCCAGGGCCGACCCACAGACAGAGGAACGUCUGGGUGGGGGUGGGGGUGGAGAAGCCAAAGUCAACCUGAAUGAUAAAAUGAAGCAGCUUUGAUGUUGCUGGGUUCAAAUGCGCUCACUUAGCUUUUGUGAUUGACAGGCAGCCGCAGAGUGAGAUGUCCAUAGAGACGCACACACAGACUAUUCACUAGUGUGUGUGUGUUAAAAGUUGAAAAAAAAACACUGUGCUUCGCUUUUAAUAGAGUUUAUAGAAAACCAAAACAUUAAUUUGAGAAAAUAAUGUUUGUUUCUUCUGUACUGUUGAAAAGGCUGAAAUUGUUUUGUCAGUGUAACUUGUCAUCGUGCUGUUUUAACACCGCAGACUUUGUUGACAACAUCUUCAUCCAUCAUCUCAGCAGUCAGCAGUCACAUUGGUGCAGGGGUUUGUGGACAAAAUAAAAAGACUGAAUUCGUGGUGAAUGAUAAACGGAUAACGGAUCUAUCUUGUGCCUUUAUAGUGAGAGUACAUGUAUCUCAGAACACAUUACAAUCCCUCACAUUCAGCCGUGAGCACACAUUAACACACAUUCACCAAUUAAACCACUGACCAGCUCUUCGGGAACAUCUGGGCUUCAGUGUCCUGGUCAUGAAGAAAUCAAACCACCAACUGGCCAAUUGCCAAAUGACUUGCUUCAUACUAAUACUAUGUGCCUCCUGGAACAUGAAUCAUCUUUAACAAUCUGCUUUCUAUACAAUUUCCAUUCUUCUUUAUGUGAGCGAGUGAACAGAAUAUAAUGGUGUCACUGCUACAACUAUGAUUUAGCUUUUUGGACAUUUUAAUAUUGUUUUUUAACAUUUAUUUUUUUGGAUACUGUAGAAUUUGGGAUUUGAAAAGAGUAACUUUGAGGAUAAAAAGCUGACUGGUGACUUCUUUUUUCCCUUUUUUUUUUAUUAGCAUGCUAAGACAUUAAACUAAGAUGAUGAGUGUGGCAAAAAUGAUACCUGCUAAACAUCAACAUGUUAGCAUUGUCAUUGUGAACGUGUUAGCAUUUUCUUGUUGGCUUUUAGCCCAAUGCACCAAGAACAGCCUCACAGAGCUGCUAGUGUGGCGGCAGCCCUGAUAUUUUGUGGAUCAAAAAUAAUUUGACUAAGUAAGAUAAACUUUGACCUUGUAGAUUCAGUGUUCACCUUAGAGACAGAGAAAGUUGUCAAAAUAAAUUCUUAACAUUAGGUCCACUUACAUUAUCUUAAUGUUUUCUUUAAAAUCAAGCGACCAAAAGUUCAUACUUUGGUCUCCAAAGAUUACUGAUACUGAAGUCCACAACAUGUGGCUGAAAGUUCUGGAAACCAAGGAAGUGUACUUUGUGUCGAGCAUUUUGGGUCAAACAUCGUAUUUAAUAUUUGGUUGCAAAUUCUUUGAAGUCAGUGACUUUCUUUUUCUGUCUACAAACCACAGACUUCAACAGACACUUCCAUUGUUGGCAUCUUCGUGCCUUGUUUGUUUUGGGGUCUUUUUGCCUUUGGUCUGGUCCUCAACAAAUGAAACACAUGAUCAUUUGGGCUGUGGUCAGCUGACAGAAUGUGGUCAGGUGACUGACUUGGCCAGGCAAGAAAAAUGAACUUUUCUGGCCCUUAAAACCUGCUAUGCUUAGGAUGACCUGCAUAGUCAUAAAAUUGAAGGGAGUGUGUAUAAAAAGCGCUUCAGUUCCUAUUCUGGUCAGCUGGUUUGGAUGGGAACAACCCUCAAACACUCCUACAGCUCUGAGUCAGCACUUUAACCCCAUGCUUUUUGUUUCAUUUCGGUGAUGUGCUGGAGGACAGGUCUAAAAACAACGAACAAUCAGAUAUAAGAACGUGCAGAAAACACAAAGUCAUUCUUGUAAGAACAUGUGUUACUAUGAGAGAUGUUACAGGGCUUCAUUUUUAAGGUUUGGUGUGUUUGAGCUGCAGUUACUACCUAACUGUUUGGUCACAUGAUCCCUUUACUUGGUCACUAAUUCAUUGCCUUCCUCUUCUCCUGCUGAGACUUUGACUUUUGUAUUUUACCCUCUCUUUGUACUUGUAUAUGUACUUAAUGGGUCUUAUGUGUCCGUUGUUGGUGUGAUAAAGAACAAAGUGAUGAAA